AGAGUACAAAAUUACAAAUAUUUAUUUUACAGGGUCCAAAAAUGAGAGGAGGAAACUUUGUAAUGGGGGUGGGUUCCCUGACUUCCCUCCACAUCUGCAUCCGAACCAAAUUCCCUCUUCUUCCCCAUUCCCUCGUCUCUCAUCAUCUUCCCCUUUUCUCUCUCUUCCCGCUUUUUCCCAGUCCCCCCUUUCGCCUCAGAUCUCUGAUUCACUCUUGUCAUCCCGUCUGCUCAAUCACUCCCACCUCAUUCUUUCCGUUUACCCCUUUCUUGAAAACCCCCAAUUCCUCAAAACCCCACACAAGGGCUUCCAAUCGAGCUUUCCCUUUUCUUUUCUCGAGCGAAAAAAGAAAACAAUCAGAGGGUUUCAAGAAUAUCAAGUUCCGGUCAAAUAAUGCAGAGGCAGCAGCAAGAAGAUGCUUUGGGGCGGCAGCAGCAGCGGCAGCUGCCGUCCACGGCGGUGAAGCCUCCGUUUGGGGAUUACCGCCGGUUCUCCGGCCACCUGGCUUCUCAAGAAGCUGAAGGUAUCGUGGUGAAAAAUCCGCCAUUAAAGCGGAAGUCAGAGACAAUAAAUCUCAAUCAUACAUCUGGUGAUGAGAAUGCAAUUUCUGUAUAUGCCCUCAACAGCCCACUGCAAACGCCGGUUUCAGGGAAAUCUGGGAAGGAACAGAAAACGUCCAGGUCAUCAAGGGCUAAUCAUAAAUCUGUAUCUCAAACUGCUGCCAAUGGUGAAUCGCCAUCUAACAACAACGCAACUCCAGUUGGUUCAUGUCGAUAUGACAGCUCACUAGGUCUAUUAACAAAGAAGUUCAUCAAUCUUAUCAAGCAAGCCGAAGAUGGCACUCUUGAUCUAAACAAAGCAGCUGAAACAUUAGAGGUCCAGAAAAGGCGCAUCUAUGACAUAACAAAUGUACUGGAAGGCGUUGGUCUAAUAGAAAAGAAUCUAAAGAACAAAAUUCAAUGGAAGGGUCUGGACGUGGCAAGAGGAGGAGAUCCUGAUGAGAGUGUUAUGAGCUUGCAGGCAGAAGUGGAGGGCUUGACCUUGGAGGAGCAAAGAAUAGAUGAACAGAUCAGAGAAAUGCAAGAAAGCCUGAGGGACCUGAGCGAAGAUGAAAACAAUCAAAGAUGGCUUUUUGUUACUGAAGAGGAUAUCAAGAACUUGCCCUGUUUUCAGAAUGAAACACUCAUAGCAAUUAAAGCUCCUCAUGGCACCACCUUAGAAGUUCCAGAUCCGGAUGAGGCCGUUGAUUAUCCGCAGAGGAGAUACAGGAUAGUUUUGAGAAGUACCAUGGGUCCAAUUGACGUUUACCUUGUCAGCCAAUUCGAAGAAACUUUUGAAGAGAUAAAUGCUGUUGAAGCAUCACCUACAACCAUCCCUUCAACCAGUGAAGUUGUAGCUGAGAGCAUAGAAAAUGACGCCUCCGGCGUUCAUGAAAAUGCAACGCAAAGGUUGUCCUCGGAUGUCGGCACAUCACACGAUUUCGUGUCUGGUAUCUUGAAAAUCGUCCCCGAAGUUGAUAACGCGGCAGAUUACUGGCUAUCGUCAGUCACUGAUGUCAGCAUUACAGACAUGUUUACUGACUAUGGAGAAUGCAGCACCAGCAUCGAUUGGAAUAACUUGGGCACGAUCGAUGGAGAUUGCAGCACUGUGGAAACUGCCGUUGCUACCCCGCACUGUACCCAAACUCCACCACCAGCUGAAACCAAAGCUGAAUCGCUGCCUUCCAAGCCCCAGUGAGAGAGGUAAACGUCGAUUUUCUCUCGGGCCACCGGAAGAGGUGAGUGAGAAUACAGACAGAGGAAGACUUUGGCUUUGAUUGUUGUUGUGUAUAUAGUUUCUGUGUGAGGUGAAUACAAUGUACUAAUAGAGACAUAAAAUGAAUAGAAUGAAAUGAAGCACUUGUAGAUUUGUAGUAGUACUUGUAAAAGUUGGGCUGUU